AGACGACACCUUGAGCCCUCACAGUCGCCGGCCGGCUCACUCUCCUCUCGUCUCUCCUCACUCUCGCCGCCCCUCACGCGCCUCCCACACCUACCUCACCAUGGCCAAGUAUCAGAUUGUUAUGGUGCGUCAUGGCGAGAGCGAGUGGAACAAGCUGAACAAGUUCUGCGGGUGGCACGACGCUGAACUGUCACAGCAAGGUGUGGAAGAGGCUCAUGCUGCAGGAAAGGCAUUGAAGGAUGCAAAAUUCCAGUUCGAUCUUGCCCAUACAUCUGUACUGACGCGUGCCCAGAAAACCCUGGAUGCCAUCCUGAAGGAGAUUGGCCAGACAGACAUCCCAAUUUUCAAGACCUGGCGACUCAACGAGCGUCAUUAUGGUGGUCUUACUGGCCUGAACAAGGCUGAAACUGCUCAGAAGCAUGGAGAAGAGCAGGUGAAGAUCUGGCGACGCAGCUUCGACAUUCCCCCACCACCCAUGGACGAGAGCAAUCCACACUACAAAGAGAUUGUUGAAGAUCCUCGCUAUGCAGAUGGCCCCAGCAAGGACGAAUUUCCUAUGUUUGAAUCCCUUAAAUUGACAAUUGAGAGAACCUUGCCAUAUUGGAACGACACUAUUGUGCCCCAGAUGAAGGAAGGAAAGAAGAUUCUCAUUGCUGCUCAUGGAAAUUCUCUGAGGGGCAUUGUCAAACAUCUGGAUUCCAUGUCUGAUGAAGCCAUCAUGGGUCUGAACCUUCCUACUGGCAUUCCCUUCGUGUACGAGUUGGAUGCGGAUCUGAAACCUGUCGUUUCCAUGAAGUUCUUGGGAGACGAAGAGACUGUUCGUAAGGCAAUGGAAGCGGUGGCAGCCCAAGGCAAGGCAAAGUAAUGUACAUGGAAAUAAGGAUGCUAAUCUCCUUUUUUCUCACUAAUGUUAUUAUAUUGGAAGACUUGUAUUGGAGUUUUUAACUUUGAUUUGAUUAGUAAACUGUAAUGGUGUCUAGUCAUUAUGAAUGAUUAAAUGUCCUUAAUUUAUAUUGUAUUUGGUCACCAGUCUAAAAUCUGUACUAUUGUUAAUUAAAAAUGAAAUGGA